GUCCCCGGCUCCUCCCGCCUCCGGCUCCGGGUGCCAAUCGCAGAGGCGUCGCCCGGACGACGGACCCUCCCCCUUCCGGCGCUAGGUCGGCAACUUCCGGCUGGGGGUCCGGCGGCGGCGGGCGGGCUGCGGCGGGGGCCCCGGUGGGCGGCCAAGAUGGCGGCGGGCGGCGCGGAGGGCGGAGCGGGGCCCGGCGCCGCCAUGGGCGACUGCGCCGAGAUCAAGUCGCAGUUCCGCACCCGCGAGGGCUUCUACAAGCUGCUUCCCGGCGACGCGGCACGCAGGCCGGGCCCGGCCUCCGCCCAGACCCCGGCGGCGCCGCCCCAGCAGCCGCCCCAGCCGCCGCCCGGCCCCGCGGCCGCCCCAGGCCCCGGCCCCGCGGGCCCCGCGUCGUCCCCGCCGCCCGCCGGUCCCGGCCCCGGCCCGGGGCCCGCGCUGCCCGCCGUCCGCCUCAGCCUGGUGCGCCUCGGCGAGCCCGACGGCGCCGGGGAGCCGCCCUCCACGCCCUCGGGGCUGGGCUCGGGAGGAGACCGCGUCUGCUUCAACCUGGGCCGCGAGCUUUACUUCUACCCCGGCUGCUGCCGCCGCGGGAGCCAACGGUCCAUCGACCUCAACAAGCCGCUGGACAAGCGGAUCUACAAGGGGACCCAGCCCACCUGCCACGACUUCAACCAGUUCACGGCCGCCACAGAGACCAUUUCCUUGCUGGUGGGCUUCUCUGCCGGCCAGGUGCAGUACCUGGACCUCAUCAAGAAGGACACCAGCAAGCUAUUCAAUGAAGAGCGGCUGAUUGACAAGACCAAGGUGACGUACCUGAAGUGGCUGCCCCAGUCAGAGAGCCUGUUCCUGGCCUCCCACGCCAGCGGCCACCUGUACCUGUACAACGUCAGCCACCCCUGCGCCUCCACCCCACCCCAGUACAGCCUGCUGAAGCAGGGCGAGGGCUUCGCCGUCUACGCAGCCAAGAGCAAGGCUCCCCGCAACCCGCUGGCCAAGUGGGCGGUGGGCGAGGGGCCCCUCAACGAGUUCGCCUUCUCGCCGGACGGCAGGCACCUGGCGUGCGUCAGCCAGGACGGCUGCCUGCGCGUCUUUCACUUUGACAGCAUGCUCCUGCGGGGACUCAUGAAGAGCUACUUCGGGGGUCUGCUGUGUGUGUGCUGGAGCCCCGACGGCCGCUAUGUGGUGACGGGAGGGGAGGAUGACCUGGUCACCGUGUGGUCCUUCACGGAGGGUCGCGUGGUGGCUCGGGGCCACGGCCACAAGUCCUGGGUCAAUGCUGUGGCCUUUGAUCCCUACACCACACGGGCAGAGGAGGCCACGUCAGCCAGUGCUGAUGGAGAUGCCGGUGGUGAGGAGGAGGAGCCGGAGGCCAGCAGCUCCGACACAGGAACCCCACUGUCCCCUCUGCCCAAGGCUGGCUCCAUCACCUACCGCUUUGGCUCAGCUGGCCAGGACACACAGUUCUGCCUGUGGGACCUCACGGAGGACGUGCUCUCCCCUCACCCCUCCCUGGCCCGCACCCGCACCCUCCCAGGCACACCCGGGGCCACCCCGCCAGCCUCGGGUAGCUCUCGGGCCGGAGAGGCAGGCCCAGGCCCCCUGCCCCGCUCCCUGUCACGGUCCAACAGCCUCCCCCACCCAGCUGGUGGUGGCAAGGCCGGUGCGCCGGGCGCAGCGAUGGAGCCGGGCACACCAUUCAGCAUCGGCCGCUUCGCCACGCUGACCCUGCAGGAGCGGCGGGACCGAGGGGCCGAGAAGGAGCAUAAGCGCUACCACAGCCUGGGGAACAUCAGCCGCGGGGGCGGCGGGGGCGGCGGCAGCAGCAGCGACAAGCUCAGUGGCCCCGCUCCCCGCAGCCGCCUGGACCCAGCCAAAGUGCUGGGCACGGCCCUGUGCCCUCGCAUCCACGAGGUCCCGCUGCUGGAGCCGCUGGUGUGCAAGAAGAUCGCUCAGGAGCGCCUGACCGUGCUGCUCUUCCUGGAGGACUGCAUCAUCACUGCCUGCCAAGAGGGCCUCAUCUGCACCUGGGCGCGGCCCGGCAAGGGGUUUACAGACGAGGAGAACGAGGCCCAGGCGGGGGAGGCACGUUGGCCCAGGUCACCCGGCAAGUCAGUGGUAGAGGGUGCCCCCUCCCAGCCAGGCAACUCCCCCAGUGGCACUGUGGUGUGAAGCCGAGAUGGCCCCUGCCCCCAGCCUCCUAGACGCAGCCCUCCCUGCAGACCUCAAGGAUCACUAGUAACAAGACUAACGAGGAAGGGUUGCUCCGGCCCCGCCCUGCACAGACUGGCCCAGCCAUGGGGAUGUGGUGGCCCGUGUGGCCUCAGCCCUGGCCUCCACCCACUGCCAAGUGCAGCGACCUGUCCUCCGGAAUAUCAGUGUUAACCCACAUCCCUGUCCCAGCAUGUGACUGGUCACUCCUGGGAGACUCCGCCCACAACAGCCCAGCUCCACAGUGCCCCUGGGUGAGAGGGACCAGCAGGGGGUACCCCCUCCCUCCCAGCCCACACCCCACCCCUUGCUAUGGUCUGUGCUUUUGAAGAGUGUUAAAUUAUGGAGACCCAGGGCCUCCUUGUCCCCCUGAACCUCUUAUUUAUACUAAAGUCCUUGUUUGCA